CCGAAGAGGAGCCCCUGCACGGCUGUUGGCCGCCGGGGCCGCCUCCCCCCCUCUCCCCCCGCGCCUCUUUCAGGUGGGGGCCCCUCCGCGGGGGGAGAACCUCGCGGGCGGCGAUUGUGAGGUGCGCCGCGCGGUCACCAAAGGCGCGAUUGAUGCGCAAGCCGCGGCCGGCGGUGGGCACACACUAGGGCGCCCUGCAGCCGACAGUGGGGACCCAGCGCAGGAGCCUCAGACCCGGUUUUUGGGCGGGGGGAGAAAAAGAGAGAGAGACAGUAGGGGGGGCGAGAAAAAAAUUAAGAACCCGCCGGAGAGGAAGAGAGAAGGGGGCGAGAGAAAAGAAAAGAAAACCCACGAGAGAAAAGUUGAAACCGAACUUUUUCUGCCUGGCCUUCCAGCACACCCCGGCUUCGCGUUUGGAGGACAACAGCGUGGGAGAUUAGGGGAAGUUAUGAAUGAAUUUCCAUCAGGAAGUGAAAACUUGACGCUGUCACCAAGAAGCUAGAGCCCACAUAUGAAAGAGAUGCAUUUAUUCUUCGCAUAGACUUCGCCUUCAUCUUGUUUUAAAAGAUUAAAAACAGAAGAGGGGGGGGGGGGAAAACCCAAAGAAAUAUAUCAAAGCAAAUAUAAGGCCAGUUGACUUUUGAUUGUAACUCACCGAUCAGGGAAUCCAAGUCAGCUGGAAACGGUCUUUCCAAAAAACCAAAAAAACAACCAAGCAAAAGUGGAUGAUUGGACUUGCAUCGUCUUGCUUUGGAGCGAAAGCAGUGGAUUUAACCGAUCCUGACUCAGUGGCACAGAGAACUUUAGCCCUAGAAGGCCUCUAGGGCAAAAAAAAAAAAAAAAAAAAAUUGAUUUAUUCAGCCUGCCAUAAACUGGUUAACUACUGAGAAUGUGUCUUCUAUCCUAUGGAUAUCAGUUUUGAAUUGACCGAUGAAGAAGAUUGUUGGUGCCUCCUGGCAAUUGUGCUGGUACUUUGGGCCAUGGGCUGCAUCCAGAGCAUCAGCUGCAAGGCGAAAGGAUUUCGGGAAAGCAUCACCGUCCUGGAGGUCAAGACGUCCAUUGACCCCAUCCCCACCAACAUCGACGAGUCAUCCAACGUGGUGUUGAGAUACCGCACCCCACAUUUCCGCGCUUCGGCUCAAGUCCUGUUGCCUCCAGUGCCCAAAAAGGAGACCUGGAUUGUAGGCUGGAUACAGGCUUGCAGUCACAUGGAGUUUUAUAACUACUAUGGCGAUCAUGGCAUGUCAAGCUGGGAACUUCCGGAUCUCCUGGAGGGCAAGAUUCAAGCCAUCAGUGACUCCGAUGGCGUCAACUACCCCUGGUACGGGAACACCACGGAGACGUGCACCAUCGUAGGUCCUACCAAGAAAGAAGCCAAGUUCACCAUCAGCAUGAAUGACAACUUCUACCCCAGCGUCACCUGGGCUGUCCCCGUGAGUGACAGCAAUGUGCCCAAGCUGACGUGCAUCCACCGGGACCAGAGCUUCACCACGUGGCUGGUGGCCACCAACAUCACCACCAACGAGAUGGUCAUCCUGCAGACUAUCAAGUGGCGGAUGAAACUGGCCAUUGAUGUGGAGCCCAGCAAACCUCUCGGGCGCCGGGCCAGGCUGAGGGAACCCUCUGCUCAGGAACAGCCCCAGAUCCUGAGCAAGAACGAGCCAAUACCACCUAGUGCCCUGGUAAAACCCAACGCCAACGAUGCCCAAGUCCUCAUGUGGAGGCCCGUAGACGGGCGCCCCCUAGUGGUGAUACCCCCAAAGCAUCGGUAAUGGGCAAAACGGGGUGGGACAGAGGAACGAAAACAAAGAGAGAAACACUUCGUAUUUAAGAGAGAGAGAGAGAAAAAAUCAGCAAAAACAGAGGUGCACUUUUAAACUCAUUUAUCAAAAAAACAAAAUGCAGCCAUUCUGCCUUGUCCCAUCAGAACGGAUCUCACUGUGCUUGCCAAACUCAACUUAAGGACUCCCUUCAAGCCUGGUGUGUGUGGGGGGGGGAGGAGGGGCACGGGCUGUCUAAUUCCCAAUGCCCGCUCUACUUUUAAAAAUUCGCUUUUUCCUCCCUUUGGUGGUGAUCUGAUGUUCUGUCUGGUGGACUUAACUCGGACCGCUUACAGAAAAAGAAAAGGGAAUUUUAUUUGGAGGAGGGGG